UACUUAGUUUACUUCGAAUUCGAUUAAAUUCAAAAAAAAAUGUUUGUUAAUCCAAAAAAAAUCUUUUUUGUAUCAUUUUUAAUAAUUCUCGCGAAUUUAAAUGCAACAAAAAGUGACUUAAUCCAAGAAAAAGAGAAUAAAUUAACCCCUUUAAGAUUCUUGGCUCAAAAAGAAGCAGGAAAUUCCGUUUUUAAUUAUUUCCGAAGCGUUUUAGACCAAGUUCAAGAAACUUACAACUCAGCUUUAUCCUCGGCUAGGCAAAAUCCGGCCAUCCAACGCUUAGAAGGUAGAAUUAAAGGAAUGAAACAAUCUUUAGGGUUACCUCAACACAAUUUAUUAAUCAAACCUUAAUUACAACUCAAAAUCAUCUUAAUUAUAACUCAAAAUCAUCUUAAUUAAAACUCAA